UCUUAUGCGGUGUUUGCAGAUAAUUAUUUUUUCUGAAGUGUAGGACUACUCGUCUACUCCCACUUCCCAAAAUUUUCCUCUAAAUCGUAAAAUUCCCCUUAAUGGGAAAUUUAAUUAAAAUAUUUAUACUCCAAAUUUUAUUUUUUCUUCCAUUUACACAAAUUAUCCAGGCUGCUUCAUACAAUAUCAUUAAAUCUAUACCAGGAUUUCCAGGCAUUCUCCCAUUUCACUUUGAAACCGGGUAUGUUGGGGUCGGAGAAAAUGAAGAAGUGCAAUUAUUUUAUUACUUUGUUAAGUCGGAAAAAGAUCCUGAAAAUGACCCGCUAAUUCUGUGGCUUACCGGAGGUCCUGGUUGCUCUGGUCUUUCAGGAGUUAUCUUAGAAGUUGGACCUUUGAUUUUCAAUACUUCAGCUUGCAAUUGGCACUCGAAAGCACCAACAUAUCAGUUAAAUCCGUUUUCUUGGACAAAGGUGGCUAAUAUAAUAUUUGUGGAUUCACCUGUUGGUGCUGGAUUCUCAUAUGCAACAAAUCCAAAAGGUUACUACACUGAUGAUCUUUUGUCAUCAAGACAUGUACAUCAAUUUUUGAGAAAGUGGCUAGUGGAUCAUGAUGGAUUCAUUAGUAACCCGCUUUAUGUUUCUGGGGAAUCCUAUUGCGGCAUGACUGUCCCUAUUAUUGUCCAAGAGAUAAUUAAUGGGAAUAAAGUUGGAAUUCAACCUAUUUUGAAUCUCCAGGGAUAUAUUCUUGGAAAUCCAACAACGUGGAAGGAGGAUUCAACGAAAUCAAGAUAUGACUUUGCUCACCGUGUAUCUCUCUUAUCUGAUGAACUCUAUGCGUCAACCAAAGCAAGCUGCUAUGGUACUUACAAGGAUGUGAUUAUGGAUGGAAUUAAUUGCACACAGAAUCUUCAAGCCAUAUCAAAUAAUCUUGAUCCAGUGUAUACUAACCAUGUCUUACAACCUCGUUGCGUUUCCAAUCAAACAUGUCAGUCAAGCAUGUACCAGCUCUUAAGCUAUUGGGCUGAUGACACUCAAGUUCGAGCAGUGCUUCACAUUCAAAAGGGUACUAAAGGUCCCUGGGUCAGAUGUAAUUAUAGUACAGCAUAUACAAAAAAUGUUGGCAGCACCAUUGAUUACCAUCAAAAUUUUACUCAAGAACACAUUCGUGCCCUAAUCUUCAGUGGUGACCAAGACAUGAUUGUACCAUAUGUGUCAACUUUGAAAUGGAUUGAGAUGCUAAAUGUCCCAAUUACUGAAGCUUGGAGGCCAUGGUUUUUCAAUGGUCAAGUUGCUGGGUAUACUACAAAGUAUUCAAAUGACAUUUAUAAUUUAACAUAUGCUACUGUAAAGGGGGCAGGGCAUACUUCUCCUGAGUAUAAUCGCCCAGAAUGCUUUGUGAUGGUCAAGAAAUGGUUUGAAAUGCAUCCUCUAUAGUACGAAAGGGUACCGGGACAACCGUGAGGCUUGUGCUAUAUGUCAAUUGUAUAGGAGGGGCAAGUAGUUUUCUCCAACAUGUGAGGUUCACUUCUUAAAAUAGUCUAUUGUAAAAGUGUAAAACAAAGACUACUAGGACAGGAUUGGUAACAUGGUUGACCUUUUAUUUAACAUUCUUCUAUAGUCUAUGUGUAUGAUGCAUGAGAUCUUGAACACCGGAGACAGUGCUAAAUGUUUGACAUAGGUCAUUAUUCCUUGUAUAUAUAAGAGCAUUUACGUGUUAA